AUGGAGAGUUUUGAGCGCGUGGGAUACGAGUCUAUGGAAGAUGUCUUCCUCCAAGAUGACCUUGGCCCGACUAUCGCAGAACAUGCGACCCAGUGCCAAUCCCUGUUUCACAAGUAUAUGGCCAUGCCGGAAAUCGUGCCAGAUCCUACUAUCAUAGACGACCAGCUGGCACGCUUUUCCUUAUGGGUGUCAAACAUGGAUGUUUACGGACCGCCAAAUGUUUCAUUGGACUACAGACUGCGUUUCAGUCCCACGGCCGCCGAUAUCAUACAUCAGCUCCUGGAUAUCAUUAGCGACACCUUGUUAUCGCGUGAGGAAGCAUUGGAGAUCAAACCUGACAAGAUUCCCGCAACAGUGAAACCAAUUAGCAACCGACCUCCCACAAGUUCUAGCAGGAAGAGACAGCGUGUUUUAGUUCACACAAACUUGGAGAUCACGAGGAGAGGCAAUGAUGGUGCAAGCGAUUCAGACAGCGACGCGGAUCCAGCAGAAGGGAAUACAGUCAAGAUCACAGAGACAAUCGGCGGAACAUUGACGCGCCUCGUCCGUCUGUCUAACGCCGUUCGCAAGUCCGCCAAAGCCAACCGGGCUCGCAAGAUCGAAAACUACAAAAAUGACGAAGAGGCCAACAAGGCAAUAGACGAGUUACGUCUCUACACCAAAUGCUAUAUAGAAUUCCGAUACCCGGAGGCGACGGAGGCUCUCCGUUCAGCAUUAGUAGAAGCCAAUGCCCUACGACUUCGACGCUUGUAUUAUCAGCGAUCCCAUCGCAGGCGCAUUGAUCUGAGUAUUCAACAGCCGCAAGUUACUCCAGCGGCCGCCCAUCUCCCCAAAAUAACGGGAAAUACUGUAUGGUUUGGUCCGAACGUGCCGCCAAAGACUCCCGCAACCAACAAAAUGGCGGCUGCAGUACCAGCGCCCGCAACCAAUGCGACUACUGCCCGACAAACCGCCGUUGCGGCCCUCUAUGCCAAACCCGCGACGGAAAUUCCCGGGGCCAGAUCCGUUCUUGUCAACAACAGAUUGUCGUUUCCCCCAAUACCGCUGACGCAGCAGUGCCCAUACUGCGGCGUGAUUGUUGAGUUCAAGAACACGUCCAGGUCGUUGCUUUGGGAGGAUCAUGUUAUCGGAGAUUUGGAGCCCUUUAUUUGUGUCUUUUCAAAUUGUCUAGAACGGUGUCACGGCAACAGUCCACUCACAUUCGAAACGUCCAAGGCUUGGUCCGACCACAUGCAGACUGCUCACGGAAGCACCUGGGAGUGCAGAGCUCCCUCUCAUGAUCCAAUCGUAUUUGACCAAGAGGACCAGUACCAGGAGCAUUCCAUGAAGGAGCAUGGCGUGCCUGAAGCUUACGCUGGGACCCUCAGCAACGCCGCGCGGAGGCCUGUUCUUGAAAGGGUGAUGGAGUGUCCAUUUGGUGACGAUUUCCAACCCCCAGGAAAGGCCGAACCCUGCGCUGUCUUCUCGAGCCAAGCUCUUCAAUCACAUGUCGCUGGUCAUAUGAAGGAGAUUGCUCUUCUUACGCUGCAAUUUCAUUGGAAGCCGACUUAG